AUGGACUCAAGGGUCCACAUACUGGAUUUGUCCAAGCAACUACAACAUGCCCUGAAGAAGUUCCAGGAAUGGAGUAGUGAUGCCACUCCCCUGCUCAGUGCUGAGUGUCCACCUCUCUUCACCAUCGGAGAUGCUCCAGUCGAACCAGACAGAGCCACAGCUGAGUUCCAUUCCCUGUACGAAGACACCGGCGAUCCGCCGUCAGAUGCCAUGACGAAACAGGCUUUGGAGCUGACCCUGGCAAACAUGAUUGUGGUGUUCGAGAGACGGUUCCACCAGCAGCUGCACGGCAAAUAUCAAGAUGGGGGGAACCAACAAGAGAGGGAGGAGAUGAAGAAUACAUUGAAAACAAACAUAAGAGGAGAACAUGACAUUGGUUACCUGUCACACUUACAAACAUCCAAGCCAUCCAUCAGCAUGAUGGCCCUAGAAGGGCAAACAAUGUUCAAAAUGAACAAAACAGGCGAAUGGCUGGAUGAGCUGUCGACGACCGACCCUGACAAGUAUGCUGCCAUCCUCACAACGGCCAGGAAACAAAGGAGAGCUUUCCAGAAGAUAUACGAUGAGCGACAUGAAACAAUCGACGAGACCAAGAAAGAAGCAAUGAGACAGCGGGCUGCAGAGGCAAAGAAACAAGAGAUGAAGAAACAACAACAAGCCACUGAACGGAUGGAACGGCUUCAGGCCUAUGGUGGACCAGUGGAUGAUUCAGACUCUCUCGAUACAUUCCUGCAGAAAUUGUCAGAGAAAAUUCUCAUCUGCGAGAAAACACUUACCCUGGAACAGCUCAAAGCCAACUUGCGUCAAAUCCUGACCUACCCUGCCGUUAGCAACACCCCUGGUAGUGGUACUGAAGAAAAUGAAGAGACACGUGCAGAGAGCCCGUUGCCAGGAGCAGACAAAGAUGCAGAUGAUGCUGUUGCUCAUCUUAAAGCUGCCUUUGCAGUAAAGGCUGUGGAAGCGAGGCAGAAGCAGGAAGUCCGAGUGGAGCAACAGGAUGUGGAGCAACAGGAAGAGGAUGUGGAAGAUGAAGAGAGUGAGGAUGGAGAUAGUAGUGAGGAUGGAGAUAGCAGUAGUGAGGAUGAGGAAAGUAGUGAGGAUGACCAGAGGAGUGAGGGUGGACAAAAUAGUGAGAACAGACAGAGUCGUGAGAAAAUCAGCGACAAACCAAGAAGUGAGGACAGACAGAGUCGUGAGAAGAUCAGCGACAAACCAAGAAGUGAGGACAGACAGAGUCGUGAGAAGAUCAGCGACAAACCAAGAAGUGAGGACAGAGGGAGAAGCAAAGAGCAAAGUGAAAGUAGUGAUGAAGAAUCAGAAGAAUCAGAACCACCAGCGAAAAGGCAGAGACUUGAUCAAGUUGAUGUCAGUUUUAUUGUAAAUAAUUUUGUGGCCGUUGCAUAUGAAGAUUCGUGGUACGUAGGUCGAGUGGAGGAGGUACUUGACUCAGGUCAGUUAGCUAAAGUCCUGUUCCUGACAAGGUCAAAACCAAAGUCUAGUGUUAGCAGUGGUGCAAAAUUCUUCUUCCCAGCAACAGAGAAAACAGAAGACGUUGAUUUAACUUUCGUGUUAGAUUCCACGGUAGAAGUAGUGCCAGACAUAAGGAGCAACGGACGGCUUUUCCAGUUGUGGGGAUCCAACUCAUCUGACUCUGAGGACAUUGAGAGAGACAUUGAGAAGAAGUACAAUGUCUAUUACAAUAAGUACUUUGCUACUCUACUGCCAAGAAGCAGAGCCAGGAAUCAGAAGACCUGCAGGGGAAAAAAGGGAAGAAAUAAAGUUAGUCAUGACUGUAUUUGCACUAGUGGUCACAUGAGAAAUUUACAAUGUCAUAACCAAUGUAGUGUCCAGCAAAUUAGUCCAUAUUUGAUGAAUCAGAGAAUAUUUUCGAGGCCAGAAAUGGAUUCAGCAUGUGGCAAAACCCCUGUAUACCUAAUUUUUGUCUUGUACUUACAAUUGUAUGGAAGAUAUCUCAUUUACGCAUAUUUAAUUAACGGAUUCUAGUUUUAUUACCCCAGGUAAUCAAUUUAUCAACAUUUCUGAAGGACAUGUGUAAAUUUCGAGGCCAUAUUUGGGUUCAGCAUGUUUUGAAACCCCUGUAUACUAUGUUUUUUUCUUCUAACUUCUAAAAUUAGUGAGAUACAGUAAUCUUGCAUAUUUAAUUAGCCGACUUAGUUUCUGACCGCUGAUUUGACCUUUGCCCAUGACUAAUUUUCAUCAUUUUCUGGAAAUUUUUAAGUCAAUGUAGCUCCUGAAAUGAUAAAGAAGAGUCUAUGAUUUUAAUGUAUAUGUUAAAGUGGUGCUAAUAAGAGAAGAAAAUGUGCUUAUGUUGCUUCUGACAUGUUUCGUAAUUACAAUAAUGACACAUGGAAAAUUGUCGCUUUUCAUUAUUUUAACGAAGUUCGGAGAAAUUAGGUCAAAUUUUCUAGCUUUCAAAUGGCCAUAACUCAAUAACCGUAUGUUCAAUGUUGUUCAAAUAAAAAGCAAUGUGUUUCUCUUGUAAAGACCUGUCCAAUGACAUCUGGCUCAUUAGGCUAGAAUGAAUAUGAAAUUUUGGUGUGGUA